UAAAACCUUUUUUCUAUCAAAAACCAAACCAACACGCAUCAAACACACGCACUCUCAUAAUUGGACAAUCACAACAUGCGGUGUAUUACACGCGCCAUGAGAAAGAAACUCUUUUCCAGUAGUGGUGGUAGCAGUGAAGUUAAUAUUUGAUUAAGGAAAAACACAAACCAUGGUUAAGGAAGUUGGGUUCAUUUACUGUGUCUGGUUAAUGUAAUAUAAUGUCAUCCUACAUCAGUGAGAGUGAGACAGUGAGUGAAUGAAUUGAAGUUCUUUUCUUUGUAUAAAGACAUCCUAUUUGUCGUUUGUUGGUUGGUUUUGUUAUGUAAAAAUUAUCAUUAUGAUGAAUCAUGUAUACAACUAAAAAUCUGUUUUUCUAGACAAAAAGUAAAAGUUAUAUUAUUCUCACUUCAUAUACACCAUUGUAAGUGAGUGAGUGUGUGAUUUUGACGGAGAACAAGAAUCUUUGGUUUAUGUCUCUUCUCCAACUAACAUUCAUUCAAGGUUAACAAUCCUUUUCAUUCCUCUUCUAAUACUCUUCUUCCUCUUCUGUUUCUUCAUUCAAUUAAUCUCUGGAUUGUGACUGUGAGUGAGUGAGUGAGAAAAAUGGCUUCAAGGUCAUAUUCCAAUUUGUUAGAUCUUACUUCAUGUGGUUCGCCGUCGUCUUUCAGUCGGGAGAAGAGAAGGCUUCCCAGAGUUGCAACUGUGGCUGGAGUGUUGUCUGAAUUAGAUGAUGAAACAAACAACAGUGUUGGCUCUGAUGCUCCUUCGUCUGUUUCUCAAGAAAGGAUGAUUAUUGUUGGUAACCAGCUUCCGGUGAAGGCGCAGAGGAAAGAGGAGAAUGGUAAGUGGGAGUUUGCUUGGGAUGAGGAUUCACUUCUUUUACAGCUGAAAGAUGGUCUUGGUGAUGAUGUGGAAACGAUUUAUAUCGGUUGUCUUAAAGAAGAAAUUGAUCCGAUUGAGCAAGAUGAUGUUGCUCAGUACUUGCUUGACAAUUUCAAGUGUGUACCGACUUUUCUCCCUCCUGAGCUUUUUACUAAAUUCUAUCAUGGUUUUUGUAAACAACAUCUUUGGCCUUUGUUUCAUUACAUGCUUCCGCUUUCGCCUGAUCUUGGUGGUCGAUUCGAUCGAUCCCUUUGGCAGGCUUAUGUUUCUGUCAACAAGAUUUUUGCUGAUAAAGUGAUGGAAGUUAUUAACCCUGAUGAGGACUUUGUUUGGGUUCAUGACUACCACUUGAUGGUUCUUCCAACAUUUUUGAGAAAGAGAUUUAAUCGGGCGAGGCUAGGAUUCUUCCUCCAUAGUCCUUUUCCGUCUUCCGAGAUAUACCGAACGCUUCCGGUUAGGGAUGAACUUCUUAGAGCCCUUCUGAAUUCUGACCUUAUAGGGUUUCAUACUUUUGACUAUGCUAGACAUUUCCUCUCCUGCUGCAGUAGAAUGCUAGGGAUUGCUUAUCAAUCCAAGCGAGGAUAUAUCGGUCUCGAGUAUUAUGGAAGAACUGUUAGCAUUAAGAUUCUUCCGGUUGGUAUUCAUAUAGGUCAGCUUGAAUCGGUCAUGAAUCUUUCAGAGACAGAAAGCAAGGUUGCCGAAUUAAGAAACCGGUUCAAAGGUCAAACUGUUAUGCUUGGGGUGGAUGACAUGGAUAUCUUCAAGGGAAUAAGCUUAAAACUUUUGGCCAUGGAACAACUGCUUUUACAACAUGCUGAUAAGAGGGGAAAAGUUGUUCUGGUUCAAAUCGCAAACCCUGCUAGAGGCCGCGGAAAGGAUGUGCAAGAAGUGCAGUGUGAAACUUAUGCAACAGUGAAAAGGAUAAACGACACAUUCGGAAGGCCUGGAUACACGCCCGUAAUCUUGAUCGAUACAACACUCCAGAGUUACGAGCGGAUUGCUUAUUAUGCAAUUGCGGAAUGCUGUCUUGUUACAGCUGUAAGAGAUGGGAUGAACCUUAUACCCUAUGAGUAUAUCAUUUGUAGACAAGGAAAUGAGAAAAUAGACGAGAUCUUAGGAAUAAGCUCGACUAUCCAUAAGAAGAGUAUGUUGGUGGUGUCUGAGUUCAUCGGUUGCUCUCCGUCGUUAAGUGGUGCGAUUCGGGUGAAUCCAUGGAAUAUUGAUGCUGUUGCUGAAGCUAUGGAUUCUGCAUUAAUGGUCCCGGAGUCUGAAAAACAAAUGAGGCACGAGAAGCAUUAUAGGUACGUUAGUACACACGACGUUGCAUAUUGGGCCCGUAGCUUCUUGCAGGACCUGGAAAGAGCUUGUAGGGAUCAUCUGAGAAGGAGAUGCUGGGGAAUUGGCUUUGGUUUAGGAUUUCGAGUAAUUGCUUUGGAUCCAAACUUUAGGAAACUAUCUGUGGAACAUAUUGCUUCAGCUUAUAAGAGGACAAAGCACCGAGCGAUUCUUUUGGAUUACGAUAGUACUAUGGUGCAGCCUGGAUCAAUUAGUACAACACCUAAUGCUGAAUCUGUUGCCAUCUUGAACAGCUUGUGCAGUGACACCAAGAAUUGUGUUUUCCUUGUAAGUGGAAAGGAGAGAAAGACUCUUACCGAAUGGUUUUCUUCUUGCGAGAAGCUCGGACUUGCUGCAGAGCACGGCUAUUUCGUUAGGACAAGUCAUACUGAAGAAUGGGAAGCUUGUGUUUCUGUGCCUGAUUUCGACUGGAAACAGAUUGCUGAGCCAGUUAUGCAGUUAUAUACAGAAACUACUGAUGGUUCUAACAUAGAGUCCAAAGAGAGUGCUCUUGUUUGGAAUUACGAAUUUGCAGACCGAGAUUUCGGUUCAUGCCAAGCUAAGGAGCUUCUCGAUCAUCUAGAAAGUGUUCUCGCCAAUGAGCCUGUUUCAGUUAAAAGUGGCCCAAACAUUGUGGAAGUUAAACCUCAGGGUGUGAGUAAGGGCAUUGUAGCGGAACGUCUUCUGAUAACAAUGCAACAAAAGGGAGUGAUUCCGGAUUUCGUUCUCUGCAUUGGCGACGACAGAUCGGACGAAGACAUGUUUGGAGUAAUAACAAGUGCAAGGGCAUCGCUAUCGCCUAUUGCUGACGUGUUUCCUUGUACUGUUGGUCAGAAACCAAGCAAGGCAAAGUAUUACUUGGAAGACACAAGUGAGAUUUUAAGGAUGUUGCAGGGACUUGCCAAUGCUUCUGAGCAAAGUGCUGCUAGAAGUUCUUCACAGUUUCCUCAUCAUUAAGCUUUUUCUAAUAUAUGUAGGAAACAUAUACUAAUAUCAUUGGCUAAAUUGUAGUAUGUGUGAAUACUUGGUUGGUUUUUUGUGCUGUAUUUUUAGAUCUGUUUUUAUUUAUAAUCCCAACAUUGUUGCUACUAUAGAUUGUAUCUAUGUUGUUGAUGGUUAAUUUAGACAAUAGAAAUAAUUUUUAAAUGA